AUGGGGUAGCCCAAGUGCAUCUGGGCGGGGCAAUUACGAGGCGCUGGUUGCUUGAAAAUGUCGGCGAAUCUUCAAGUAUCUGGACAGGUGUCCUCUGGGCCCUCGGUUCUGUCUUGCAUUGUUUUAUCGUCGGCCUCUUUGUUGUGUUUUGUGGCUGGAUUUGGGACAGGGGCCGAGUUCGUGCGGUUUCUUUCAUUCGGCGCUAUUUUCAGGAAUAUCAGUGGGGGCCUAGAUGGUGAAACACCAAUAACAUGGAGCGAAGCAAUGAGAAACACCCAGUUUCAAUACUGUAUUGGGAUUGAUAUUGGUCUUCUUGUUUUAUUUGUACUCCAACACAGCAUAAUGGCCUGGACAGCAGUGAAGGAAAAUGUGCUGCAUGUGUUUGGUGUUCUCCAGCGUUCAAUAUAUAUCCUAUGCACUGCCCUGUCUCUCCAGGUGCUGAUGAGAUUCUGGCAGCCCUGUCCACAGGGUCCAUACCUUUGGAAUGUUUCUGCUGGUCCAUGGAGUGCAUGGCUUGCUUUACUCUGUGCUCUCUUGCACACAGUAUCGUGGCUCCUUAUAUUCAGUGUUCUACUCAUCUUUGACUAUGCAGAAUUGAUGGGGAUCAAACAGGUAUAUUAUUUCUGCCUUGGUAUGGGUGAUCCAUUAUCUCACAAAUCUCCCCGUGCUGCUCGACUCUACGCCCACCUUCGACAUCCCAUUUACCUGGAAUUGUUACUUAUUCUCUGGGCAGUGCCUUCUCUACCUCCUGACCGCCUCAUCCUUGCCACUUUCUUUACACUGUAUCUUAGCUUGGUUCACCGCCUGGAUGUACAGGACUAUGCCUACCUCCGCUCCCAGUUGGAAAAAAAAUUCCUCCUUUUCUCACGUGAGGAAUCUAGUGCUAUAGGUGGACAGAUAUGGAAAAAUAACUAACAGAAACCUGUGUAAGAAGAAAGAGUAGGUUUACAUAAAGUAAAAGUCAGGGUGUGAGCAGCGUACGAGAAUAAGGCACUUUCCGUACCAUGUCCAGAAAAUAUCUAACCAUUUCUUCAUAUUGAGCACCUUUGACUGACAGGAAGGUACUACAACUCUGUGCAACAGUAUUAUUUAACACAUAGACCGAACAAUUGCAUCAGUUUAAUUUGACAGUCUGUUGGUUUAACCAAAUCAACGUGUGUGGAUUGUAAAGAAGUUUGCUUAUUUGUGGGCAGUUUGUGAUACAAAUAACUACAUGGAUAAGAAGAAAUGUGGUAUGUGAACAUGACUGCACAGUUAGUUUCAGCUUUGAAACAAAUAAGUUACUGGCAGGACAGCCAAUUUUUAAAACAAUCUUAAAAGGUGGUAUUUUGUAUGCCUGUUCUAAACUUACUGUUCUAUGCCAGAGUUUUAGUAACAGCAGUAAUCUAUGCUUUGAAAGUAGUCAACCAAACCUCCCUGUCUUCUGCUCUUGUUCAGUCAUAUUUUAUGUAUUGGAGUCACAGCAUGUGCCUUGUCUGUUCAGUACUCUCAGUACUAACCUUACUAUUCGGAAGUCACCAAAACAUUAGAUGAAUUUGAUCUUACAUCAAGCUAUUGCUACAAAGCUCAUUUGCCCAGAAUAUGUGCUGUAGAUCAGCUGGAAAGAAGAUUGAGUGCCAGUGGGGGUAUAUUGGGAGGCACACAUCUUCAGUGCUAAGGGCUAAGAGAUUUUCUGAAUAGUUUUUUAUCUUUAGUUUUUCUUUAAAUGGCAGAGCAUAAAAUCUUCAUUUUAACUUAUACAAGUACUUUGGAGUUAUAAAUGCUGUGGUAGGAUAAGUAAAAAAUUGUGGAGGGAAUUGUGUCAAGGAAAGUAAAACUGUUGACUGAAGCUUUAGUAUUGGAGGGCGAUUCAUUUUCUUUAGUCAUGUCGAAUGUAAUGCCUAUUCAGAAAACAAACAGCUGCACAAAUUUUUGUUUGGCUGUUUUUAGAUCUUUUGUUGGUGGAGUCUUGAAAUGUCUAGUUACUCUGGUAGACAGGAUUUUUUUUUUCAUU